UGUUCUGUUCUCUCCUUCUUCAAGACAUCUGAUGUCACUUUUACUGAUCAGUUUCAAAAAUGUACACAACUCACUGCUGCUGAGUGAUCACAUUUCUGUUAUUUGUUUGAAUUAAUUGAUAUUAUCUCCACCCUAAUCCCAGUGUGUCGUUUGUGUGAACUGUUUCUUUGACUCCACAUCGAGAAUUUCGUGCGCCAGCAGCAGUACCUGUCCCCAGGAACCCCUGAAAGAUGUCCCGUUACACUCAAUCGAACCCUGGCAGCUACGCUCAGACAUAUAAGCUGGUUGUAGUAGGAGGCGGAGGUGUUGGAAAAUCAGCAAUUACUAUACAGUUUAUACAGAGCUACUUUGUAACGGAUUAUGAUCCAACUAUCGAGGACUCGUACACAAAGCAAUGCGUUAUCGAUGAUGUACCGGCAAAACUGGACAUUUUGGACACUGCUGGACAGGAAGAGUUUAGUGCCAUGCGAGAGCAGUACAUGCGAUCGGGUGAGGGAUUCUUAUUGGUUUUUGCCGUAACUGAUCAUGCCAGCUUCGAUGAGAUGUAUAAAUUCCACAAGCAAAUACUGCGUGUCAAAGACCGCGAUGAAUUUCCUAUGCUGAUGGUAGGAAAUAAGUCGGAUUUGGAUCACCAGCGAGUUGUGUCACUGGAGGAAGCCCAGCAGCUGAGCAGACAACUGAAAAUCCCUUACAUCGAAUGCAGCGCAAAGCUUAGAAUCAAUGUGGACCAGGCCUUCCAUGAACUGGUUCGAGUCGUCCGGAAAUUCCAACUUUCCGAGAGACCUCUUAUCGAUGAGAAGGGCAAACGAAAAGGCGGGAAGAAAAAAUGUUGCAUCCUGUGAAGCAUGAGUGAUGGAAAAUUGAAUCGCACAAUUUAACAAAUUUUCGAAAGCACACCGUUUACGUCAAUGUGCAUGAGUCAAUAAUGUGCAGAGAGAAUAUUUUAUGGAUGCUAUCUAUUCUCGAGUUUAAAAGAAUACAUCGAUUACUGCCGUACUAAUAUUUUUUGUUGGAUCGUUACAAAUGUGUUUGGACAAUACAAACUGUGGCACAACCACAAAACUCUUACCCCCUUAACCAUGAAUUAUUUACAGAAUCGGAAACACAAAUCCCAACGAGUGCCAUACGUUUGCAAUUAGUUGUUUACGACUAUAACGAAAAACAGAUACACUUACGAACGUGCCUAAUUGAUAUUCGAUAUCAUCGGUUUUACUAAAUGGCAUAUCUUAAUCAGCCCAGGAGAGGAACGAAACACAUCAAGUCUAGUUGAUCGUCACGCAUUUUGAACCUAGUUUUGUUUAUUUUUUAAUUCGAAUUGAAUGAUAUCAACUAAUUUCACUAACUCCUCCAUAACAAAUAGACAAAUUCUUAUCGUGUCUACAAGAUUUCAGGACAAGUGUUGGAACUUAUCAAAUAUUAUAUCAAUAACAUAUUUUAAAGAAACCGAAACGAGUAUAUUUACUACUACUUAUGUGUAAUAAGACUUUUACUGUAUAGGUAGCUGGAUGUUGCAUUGCGCUUUAUCAACGAGAGAAAAUAUUAAUCAAAUAUUUAUAUAUGUUUACACAAUAAAGAAUCACGCAGACAACGGCAACGCUAUAAAGCAUAAAAAGGCGCCAUUAUUUUAUUACGUAACGCUAAAUUCAGGAUUUUUCUACAACGUCUUUCUGUUCAUACAUUGCGCUUUCAAAAGGCAAUUUCUAAUUAUUUUAUUUUGGAACAUUCUAAUGUGUUACGUAAUAAACGACGCCAAAGAAAACGUUUUUGAAUUGUACGCAAUGCUAUAUCAAUAUUAACCAAAAUAACUAGCUUUAAAUGUGCUUAAAAGUUAUUCGAAACAGAUGUUGCAAAA